AUGUCUAUCCUCAAGCUGGUCGAGGACCGCCCGACCCCCAAAGCUGUCUACAAUUGGAAGGUCUAUCUCCUGGCAGCUGUGGCAUCAUGCACCUCUUGCAUGAUUGGUUAUGACAGUGCCUUCAUCGGUACCACUCUAUCUCUUGACUCUUUCAAAAAUGAAUUCGGCUUCAAUCACAUGGGCGACGGUGAGAAGAACCUGAUCAGUGCCAACAUUGUCUCCUGCUACCAGGCCGGUGCCUUCUUCGGCGCCUUCUUCGCCUACCCGAUCGGCCACUUCUGGGGUCGCAGGAUCGGUUUGUUGGCUGCUGGUCUGGUUUUCACUCUCGGUGCUGGUCUCAUGCUUGGUGCCAAUGGCGACCGAGGACUGGGCCUCCUGUACGGUGGUCGUGUCCUCGCUGGCCUUGGUGUCGGUGCUGGCUCAAACAUUACUCCUAUCUAUAUCUCCGAGUUGGCUCCUCCAGCUAUUCGUGGUAGACUUGUGGGUGUGUACGAGUUGGGCUGGCAAGUCGGUGGUCUAGUAGGAUUCUGGAUCAACUUCGGUGUCGAUGAAACUUUAGCCCCCAGUCACAAGCAAUGGCUUAUCCCCUUUGCUGUUCAGCUGAUCCCCUCUGGCCUGUUGCUCAUUGGUGCCGUCUUUAUUCGGGAGUCCCCUCGCUGGCUCUUUGGCCGCGGUCGCCGUGAGGAGGCGAUCAAGAACCUAUGCUGGGUCCGCCAAUUGCCCGAAGAUGAUAUCUAUAUGAUUGAAGAAAUCGGUGCCAUUGACCAGGCGCUGGACGAGCAGCGCCGUAGCAUUGGCGUCGGCUUCUGGAAGCCUUUCCAGGCUGCCGGUACCAACAAGAAAGUCAUGUGGCGCUUGUUCCUCGGAAGCGCCCUGUUCUUCUGGCAAAACGGCUCCGGCAUCAACGCUAUCAACUACUACAGCCCUACUGUCUUCAAGUCGAUUGGUGUCAAGGGUACCAACACUAGUCUGUUCACCACCGGAAUUUUCGGUGUGGUCAAGACCGUAGUCACUUUCAUCUGGCUUCUUUGGCUGAUUGACCAGGUCGGUCGCCGUAACCUGUUGCUCAUCGGUGCUGCCGGUGGCUCUGUCUGCCUGUGGAUUGUCGGUGCCUACAUCAAGAUCGCCCAACCGGAGAAGAAUAACAGCGACAGCUUGACCGGUGGUGGUAUUGCCGCCAUGUUCUUCUUCUACCUGUGGACGGUCUUCUACACUCCAACCUGGAACGGUACCCCAUGGGUUCUUAACUCGGAGAUGUUCGAUCCCAACAUGCGUUCUUUGGCCCAGGCUUGCGCUGCCGCCUCUAACUGGCUGUGGAACUUCCUCAUCUCGCGCUUCACCCCGCAGAUGUUCUCAGCCAUGGGGUACGGCGUGUACUUCUUCUUUGCGUCUCUGAUGAUUUGCUCCAUCGUUUUCGUGUACUUCCUCGUCCCUGAGACAAAGGGUAUCCCUCUUGAGAGCAUGGAUGCGCUCUUUGAUAUCAAGCCCGUGUGGCGUGCCCACGGAAGAAUGGUCGCUCAGCUGCGUGAGAAUGAGGAGCAGUUCCGUCACGAUGUCGAGGCUUCUGGUCUCGGUGCGGCCAAGCUUCACGAUGAGCAGGUUGAGGAUACUGCGGCUGAGCCGAAGUAUGCUUGA